CGCAGUUCAUUCCAAAUUUGUGUACGUUCGUGUGUACCGGUCGGGCCUUCGAAUACGGCAAAGUUUUCUACUAGAUAUACAACGGAAUCUUUUUGUUCGACACUAAGGAUAGUUGAUAAGGAAAAUAGAGAACCGUGCAUCGCACUUUUAGUAGCAAGUUUUAGAGUAAACAGCAAAAAAUGACGCUAGGAAACAAACGUGUACAACGCAAACAUGGAUUACAGAAAAAAUACAUGACACGUUGCCUGCACCGAUGGUACGAAUCGGCAUUGAAGUUACCGGGGGUGCAGGAACCGAUGAGGAUAUCAAAGCCCAUCUUUCGCCUCGAGGUGGAGUACAGCAUCUCCCACUCGAUACUGUCCAUCCGCAUCCAGAACAUGUGCCAAAAGCUUAUAAUACUACGAUCAAUCUAUCUCUUCUACGGCAAAGACAAGCGCGUAUCGUUGUUCAAUGACGUGCUUCGAAUGGUACCUGGUUACGAAUUUCGAUUCGAAAAGAAUUUCCUAUUCCUGCCGGACACAUCCUACAACGUCGUCUUCCUGUCCCAACUGUCCAAUACCGAGUGUCAGCUACGGGAAAUUGCUACUAUUUAUUUUCUUCAACCCAGACAAUUGCGAGGACCACAGUUAACACUGAAGAAGUUACCACCCUUCGAUAUCCCGGAGUAUGUGAAGGAAGUUCAUUUUAAUGACUACCUGCCCAAUCCACACUACAGCAGGAAUGCCUCGCUGUGGCUGGAACGCUACAGGGACUACCUGAAGCAAGGGCUCAAUCCGUCCAACUACCUCGAGCACCUGAGAACGCUAAACCAAAUCGAUGAUUACACCAGUUACCUGGAGAUGCUUAGUUACACCAUCAACGAUGCACACCUGGUGCCAUUGGAUAUUCCAAAGCAGUACUUACUGUCCACUGACCAAUUCCCCACGCCGCCAGUAUUGUUAGACGUUGGUAGUUUUGUACGUGCAUUUACUUUAGUGAAGGAUAAAUAUGGUGAAGAGCUAGCGAUCGUUACACGUGGCUUCAUUGCCGAACGAAAUGCAUCGAUCCUUAUUGUGAUGGAAAAUGCACUGAAAGUUGGGUGCAAAGUGAAGAUCGAUUUCCCGCUAAAUCGCACACAGUUUCAAAUGGAAUAUCAGUCACUCGAUUACCUGAAUCGCAUCGAUUUUGCCACCGUUACAUUCCCUUCCAUAGCUAAUCAGACGGUGAAGAAAAAGGGUACAUUGGUGAGCAAAAAGCACACAAAGUUCGACUGGUUCCAGGAUCAAAUCGCGGACAACGAAUUGCAACAGCAAGCAAUUAAAAACAUUAUUAACCGAACAGCAUAUCCUGCGCCCUACAUUUUGUUUGGACCACCCGGGACCGGUAAAACUUCCACCAUCGUCGAGGCGGUGCUUCAGAUAUACAAACUGCAGCCGCACUCGCGUAUCCUGGUAACGGCCUCGUCAAACUACGCAUGCAACGAACUCGCCAAGCGACUACUGAAAUACGUCCAGCCAACCGAUAUCUAUCGCUACAUGUCAUUGUCUACGGAACGAGAUAUUAAUCUGAUGGACCUUUCUAUCCUGGAGAUUUCAAAUAUGCACAUGGGAACAUAUGAAACACCGUCGAUGGAAGACUUUGUUCAGACGCGAAUCCUUGUCUGCACGAUCAUGAACAGCGCUCGCUUGAUACAGCUGGGUGUGAAGACGGCCAUGUACGACUACAUCUUUAUCGAUGAGUGUGGAAGCUCGAAAGAGCUUUCGGCACUCGUACCCAUCGCUUGUGUUGGCACCGAAGUGAAGACCGAUAGACUGAUCGCCAGCGUAAUUCUAGCCGGAGAUCCCAAACAACUCGGUCCAGUUACACAUUCCACAAUCCUCCGGAACACCGCGCACAAUGUGUCGCUGCUGGAGCGAUUGAUGGAACUGCCAUACUACAAAAAAGACCUGAACAACAACGAGUACAACACGGACGUGGUGACGAAGCUGCUCGAUAACUAUCGUUCGCACAAGAGUAUUUUCGCAUUUUCCAACAAAGCGUUCUACGAGGGCGAGCUGCGUGCCCGAGCGCCUCCAGAAAUCGCCGAGUGGGCAAUCGGUUGGGCACGGCUACCGAAUCCGAAGUUUCCUAUGAUUUUCCACUCCAUUGUCGGCAAGAUGAUACAGGACCAGUGCACUCUUAGCUACCUGAACUGCGAGGAGGCCCGAGUAGUGUAUGACUACGUGCAGGAGCUGUUGAAUAAUAACAUUAAUGGACAAAUCAUACGCGAGGAGGACAUCGGUAUAAUAACGCCAUAUUCUAGACAGGUCGAGUACAUUAAAAAAGGUCUAUCGAAUCUUGGGCUGGACAACAUAGAAGUGGGUAGUGCGGAACAGUACCAGGGCAGGGAGAAGCCUGUGAUAAUAGUUUCAACGGUACGGUCGGGUCGAAAAACGGUGGGCUUUCUUAGCGACCCAAGACGAUUGAACGUCGUGAUGACGCGUGCAAAGGCGCUCAUGAUUAUCAUCGGCAAUCCACUCAAUUUGUCAAAGGAUCCUACAUGGCACAGUCUGUUGCAAUAUCUAAUGACCAACAAGGCUUUCAUAGGAAGAAAGUUCACUAUGGACAACAACACUCCCCUUGUUCCUCCUAAAGCUAAAGCGUCAACGAUCACUUCACAAGCCAUUCCUGAUUUUGCCUAGCUACUAUAUUCUAUCGGACCGGAUUCGAUUGUCUCUUGUCUUCUACAUGUGGAAGUAGUUGUAUAUUUUUGUUUAGUUGUGAAAUAAGAUGAAUAAUGACCAGACAGUAAAGUAGAAUCAUAAAGUUUAAGAUACAUAUUUUGCAUUUUGGACGAUGCAAUACAUCAAGACUAAACAUAGGUAUUUACCUUUUUUAUAUGCUAUAUUUUUUGGUUUAUGCCUUACAGUUUACUGAUCUAUCAAAUCACUUUUAUACCAAGUAAUGGAUUAUACAACGUUACCGAAUUUUAAAAUAAAAUUUAAAAAAAACUAUCAGGAAA